GUGACGUGUGCGGAGCGGAGCCGGUGCGGGAUGGAGGGGCUGUACCAGCAAACCAACAAGCAGGUCCAUGAGGUCCAGUCUUACAUGGGGCACCUGGAGACUUCAGACAAAGAGUCAGUGCACUUGGUAGAAAAUGAGAUUCAGGCAAGAAUAGACACCAUAUUCAGCAACUUGGAACGUCUGGAAAUCCUGUCCAGCAAAGAACCUCCCAACAAGAGGCAGAGUGCCAAACUGAGAGUGGACCAGCUGAAAUACGACGUGCAGCACCUGCAGACAGCCCUGAGGAACUUCCAGCACCGCCGGUACCUGCGGGAGCAGCAGGAGCGGCAGCGCGAGGAGCUGCUGGCCCGCACCUUCACCACCAACGACUCUGACACCACCAUCCCGAUCGACGAAACCUUGCAGUUUAAUGAAUCCCUGCAGAGUGCCCACCGAGGCAUGGAUGAGCUUAUUGGCAGUGGCACCAACAUCCUGGCGGGGCUGAGGGACCAGAGAGUCACAUUAAAGGGCACUCACAAGAAGAUCCUGGACGUUGCCAACAUGCUGGGCCUGUCCAACACGGUGAUGCGGCUGAUCGAGAAACGCGCCUUCCAGGACAAGUUCCUCAUGCUGGGGGGCAUGGCCGUGACCUGCCUCAUCAUGUUCCUCGUUGUGCAGUACCUGACAUGAGCUGCUCACCUCCUGCAAGAGGACUGUCUCCAGAAUUGACUUUCCUCUGAGUGCUGCUUUGGAUGAGCCCUUCCCGUGGACUUCAGAGUUUACAAAUCCCACUCGGACAGUGUCACGUGGAAGGCAUGUCGGGAAAUGGAUGGAUCUGGAAAUGGAUGUGUCUGGGGACACUGUGCUUGAGAAUGGCCCUGUGAAAAUAACCCCUGGCCUUUACUGCUCUCCCCUCAAGCCUGCAGGUUUAAUGGUCUGGUUAAUAGGAAGCAGAAGUGAACAUUGUGCCCAGCUGUAGCAGGGCAGGAAUGUCCCUUUGGGCACACAGGGAUGGGAGGAUGCAAAGGCACGGCCUAGGAUGCAGCGAGUCUUUCCUGUGCUGGCCAGCACUGACCUGACCCCUGCAUUUUACAGUGCAAGAAUGGCACAGAGAAUUUCACAGUGUUCAUGGGCCUGAGUUCAGCCUGUGGGACUGAGUGUGCAAAAAGAGUUGGGAGGUGAAGGGCUCCCAUCUGUGCUUCCAUUUGCUUGGAGGAGGAGGAUGUGUGGGGAAGAGUCUUAGAACACGGUUAUAACCUCAGUUAACUUCACACACAGUAUUAGCCAGCACAGAUCUCUGGUUUAGACUGAAAUGCUGCUCUGCUCCUCUGAGGGGUGUUCUGGUGCCUCUCUCUGCCCUGCUGCUUCCCAGGGGAUGUUGAGUGCCAUGCUCCCUCCUGCUUCCACUGGGAUACACAUCAGGCCUGUGGCAUCUCCCUGGGCCUCCUGCCAAAUCCAGCCUCCAAAACUGACAUUUCUAAUGCUGGAGCACAGAGGUUUGGGGAGCUGCGUUCGUUUCCUGAGGUGCUGGUUGGGUUUGGGGCUCUGGAGCUGGAACUUUUGAGUGGAUGGAGCAGGUGAGUCCCCCUGUACUCCCUGGAGAUGUGGGAUUAUCCACAGAGCUGGAACAGGCCAGAGAAAUGGUGGGAUCAGCACAACAGGCCCUGGCACUGAAAAUCAGCUUGAUCAGGAGAGUUUCCUCAAGUCUGUGCCUUGGGAUGGGGAUGUUUCCACCCUUGGGAAGGGCGUUCCCUGUGGUACCCUUUGCACCUCUGGAGUCCUAUGAAGGACACUCAGAUGUGUCUCCUCCUGGCUCGCACUCGUCCCCUUGGGGUCAUUCCCUGUCCCAGUGAAACAUUGGAGCUGUGAGAUCCUUGUCUCAGCCUGGCACUGCCUCCCCUGCUGCCUGGGCGUGUCUGAUAGAGGGGCCAUCCUGGCAUUUUGGGCAUAAUCCAUUUCAGUCACCCCACAGAUCCGUUCCUAUCCCAUGUGUGGCAAGUCUGGAGCAUUCCCUGAUGUCUGACAGUGGCACAGAAGUGUCAUACCCAGAUGAUGUGGCCUCGUGCUGGCAAUUCCUUCCCUGUUUCCUGUCUGCAAUGGUUGUGGGUCUCUGGAUUAGUAACUAAUCACAAGCUCUACAUUUGCUGACCGCACUGAGCUUUGCUUUCAAUAUGUGAACUGUUGCAAACUGGGAGAAAGGGUUUUAAUAAUAGAAAAAAAUUUUAGAAGGAAUUCUAGGGAAUAUGGCCUAUAAGACAGGGCCGUGCUGGUGACCAGAGCUGAGGUGGGGCCCAGCCAGACACCUGGAGCGACCAGUGGCCCCUGUUUAUGGGCUUCUCCACGUAUUUGAUAUUUCUGAAGUGUUUCCUGCUCUUGAAGUUCCCCAUUUGUCCAGGUUUUCCAAGGAAAUACUGUAGCAAAGCAUGGAACUGGUUUUCAUUUGAGCCCAAGGAAGUAAGGAAUUAAAAGGAAGAGGAAAUCUGCAGUGAUGGGGCAUCUGUCUUGCUGUGUAAUAGAAAUCAUAAAUCCAAAUUUGCCUGAAAUUUAUUUUGGAUAUGAAAUCUGAUGGAUUCAGUCCUUGAGAGGGCAGCUGAGCACUUGUAUGAGGUCCCUGGCAGUUCUAAUGAACUGAUCCAGUUCCACUGGAUUUUACAGUGUUGGGGUUUAUGGUUUAAGGCUGUCAUUGUUUAAAGUUUCUUUAGUUGUGACCUGGUGUAGCAGGGUUUGUCUUACACCAAGAUGGAGCCAAUCUCUUGGCUCUUACACACAAUCUCUUUCCUUUUGGGCUGUGGUAGGAACCAUAAGAUACUUGGAACUGGAUUUUUUUUUUCUGUUUCUGAGCCUAGCUUGGCAUUUUAAUAGAUGUUUUCCUGUUGAUUUAUUUUGCCUUCUGAAGUCUCCUUGUCCCUGCACAGGCUGAUUUCCCCUUGGUGAGCCAAGUGUCCUUGCUACCCAUGACAUCCAAAGGUGACACAGGGGGCUUGAAGGAACCACCUGGGGAACUGGAUUUGGGGACGUGUGACAUCAGACACGUUUGUGGUGCCUGUAAAUCCAAAGAGAUUCCAAGGGCAGCUCAGGUGGUUUGUGUGAAACCCAAAAACCUGCAUGGCAGUGGGACAUGGCAGGGACAUGGGUGGUUCCUUCAAGUCCCACAUCUCCCCUUUGGAUGCAGUGGGAAAUGAGCUGGAGCCCUGGUGGGAUUGUUGUCCCUGCCAAAGGAAACGAGCUGGAGCCCUGGAGGCUUUGCUGCUGCAGCUUGGUGGUGUUUCCUUCCUCACCAAACACCUCACUUCUGCUUCCAAACUGUGGCACGAGUUCCAGCUCUGGGGUGAGCUGGUCUUAGGAGGGGACUCUGUGGGAAUUCACUUGCCUCUGGAAUAAAACUUUUUACCAGUAUUUUAUACAUAAAGGAGCAAGGGUGGGACAUGAUUCAUGUGAUGUUCUGUGAAUAAAGAUUUUUUUCAAGCAAAAUGAAGUUUUUUUUUUUUACCUUAGCCAACAUGUUGGGGCCAAAGUAAAUGAGCAGGACCAGCUCCUGGUUCAGUGUGGAUGGAGGAGGGGGCUGCUGUGGGGGGCUCCCAUUUGGGUCACAGUAAGAAAUGGGUCCCACUGCACUGGGGUUGGAAGGAGUAGGAGCCUGUGCUGGGCCUCACUGGUCAGACUGGUGGGAUGUGCCAGGCUGGGGCAGCCCCAGAGUUGUGGUGAAAGGGGUGGGUGAUGGAACAGGAUGGGAGGCAGCUGGGGGCACAUCCAGGCCUCCCCCUUAGAUCCUGAGAGGGCCUGACCUUCCUCUCUACCUGCUAGUGAUGCAGGUGAGGGGGUUCUAAUUAGGAGAAGUGAAGGAAGAGCUUGGAGAGCAAAAUGUGGUUGUUGAAGAGAUUGUGGGUUUAUAAUGUAAGAUCAAGGGGUUGGAUUAUCUUCCUCUUGCUCUUAAAUUGUUUUGAAGUAAUUCCAGUGCCCACAGCUACAAAACAUUAAAUCAGAAAAUACCCAGCAAAGAAUACAGAAAGUUGUUAGUGCUGUAUGUGUGAACUUGAUGCAGAGGUGGGACCAGCCUGUGGCAGUGCUGGGAUGGGGCUGCACUGGGUCCUGUCCAGGGUGGGCCCCUGAGGGGCUUUGACACUGUGAGCAGCAGCUGGAAAUGGGACUGAUGCUUCAGGAGGGGGUGUGAGUGUGACUGGGCAUGUGGAAGAAAUCCAGGAAAGGUUUUAUGUCCUGGUUUCAUCUGGGAUUGAGUUAAUUUUCUCCCCAGCAGUUGUUCCCAGGGCUGUGUUUGGGAUUCAGUAUGGGAGUGAUGUUGAUAACACAGCAAUGGUUUGUGUUUACUCUAAAUUAAGGACUUUUCAGUUUCCCAGCCUCUGCCAGUGAGCAAAGGCUCAAGAAGCUGGGAGGGAGCAGGGCCAGGACAUGUAUCCUGAACUGGCCAAAGCAAUAUUCCACACCACAGAGAGUCAUUCCAAGUAUAUAAACUGGGAAUGAUGGGCUGGGAGGGGUCAGAGGGUGGUGAACAACUGUACUGGCCAGCACUUGUCUGUCUUGGGUUUUAUGUCUCCCCCUCUCCCUCCCUCAUUAUUUUUUUAUUAUUUUUAAAUAUAUCUAACUUUG